AUGUCUCACCCGAUUUCGAAGACGGUCGAUCCAGAGGAAGACCUUGAGUUGUCUCAACAGCCACAUGCUUCUGUGUAUCCCGAGACGUCUACGACCGCCGAGUCCUCAAAGAGCACCAAGGCCAGUGCAAAAAAAGGCAAAGGAAAGAAGGACAAAGGAAAGUCAGUACCUCGGCAGGACAGUCCUCAGGCUGUUGACCCUCGCAACUUUACCAUUUUUCGACCGGACCAGGAUGACUGGUCGUGGACAAAUCUUCCCGAAAUACUUUACCAAUUCGAGCCUGGAGACAAAAGAAAUCGUAAAUCGGACCCCCCUCGCAUGAACUACCCCAUCCAUGGCGAAUAUUUGCGUGACCUCCCCAUACUGCCUGACAACAUAGCCUCGACAGUCGAGGAAUUCCGAGUGGAAGCUUGGAUGCGGCUCGAUAGGCGUAUUCGUCUCAGAGAUAUCACUGAUCGUAUGCACCCACUCUUCAGAAUUCAAGACAAUGCGUUGCAGCAGCGCAGCGUCCGCUUCCGUCAGCAAUUCUCGCUGAUUGCAUGGGACUCCGGUAACAAGCGUAGCCAGCAACUCAAGCAAGACAUACUUCGAAAGAUGCAGGAUAUCGGACUUCUUCCUGGUAUGAAUACGACUCGCGGUAUAACGCCCGGCUUGAUAAACCCAGCCCUCGGGGAAGAUGGUGGAAGGAUCCCGCUGCCCAACCAAUACAACAAGGGGAGGAGAGUAGCUCGUGGCAGAAAGCCCUCAAAGACGCCCGUGCAGGAAGAGGCAGACGCCCACCACGAAGACAUCGUCCAGGAAGGGCACCAGGAAGAGCAGCCAGCCGACAUCUCAAACCCCACUGAGGAAUCUGUGAGCGCUGGGAAGGUAGACACAUCGAAAGAGCUCGUUCCAGAAGGGCUGGCCCUAGUGGUACCUCCAGUGGAGUCUGUCUCGAUCGAUUUCACAGUAGAUGAUCUCACAGUUGAAACUGUCGCAGAGCUUUUUAACUACGUCCCAUCAUAUAUUCCAUUCGAUGAAAGUAAUGACAGCCUAGAGGGACCUCUGUCUGUCAUCACAAGAUUGAUUUCGGAUAACGAACUACCAGAGACCGUUAGCAUGGAAGACAUCGACUUGACAGUGAGCGUCAAAAACUGCAUACCACGACAUAAUACUGAGAAGGCCUUGAGACCCAUCGUGCCAGGAAAAAUUCAGCGUAGGCGUCCUUCCCCAUUGAAACUAGCUAGAGGAGGGUUUUGCGGCAACGUUUGCCACAUGGGGAAGUAUCCCACCCCCAUCUAUACCAGCCUCACACUUGUGUCUGGCCCAACUGGCGCAGGUGUGCAGCGUGAAGGAUUACUCCCUCCUUCCCACGGGCUGUAUCCUGAUGUGUUGACUCCGUACUCCGCCUCCGAACUGCCAUUUGGUGUUCGCCACCGAGUCUUUGACAAUCUGUUCGAGCAAUGCCUCUCCGGGGACAGAUACCUCUUCGAUAUCCCAGCCAUAGCCGCCGAGGACAUGGAGAUGAUGGACAUCAGCAGCAUCAAUGACAUUAACAUUGACGAUUAUGACGACUAUAUUCAAAAAUAG